ACUUGAAAUAAGAUAAUUAUUGAUAUAGCCACGUGAUUUAUUAGUAGUAUAUAUACAAUUUGUAAAAUCUUUUCAAUUGUAUCGAGAAAUAUUAAGCGGUGAAUUUUUGUAAAUUUUUCGUUAAAAUCAUGAAGAUUCUUUUAGUAAUUCCCUUGAUUAUUGUGGCAACCUAUGGAUUAUCGGAUAAAAAACAAUGGGAGUCUUUCAAAAUAAAAUAUGAAAAAUCCUUCGAAUCUUAUUUAGAAGAGAGAUUAAGAUUCCAAAUAUUCAAAUCCAACUUGAAGAGAAUUCGAGAACAUAACGCCAACUACGAUAAAGGUGAAAGUUCUUAUUAUAUGGGCGUCACCAAAUUUGCAGACAUUACACAAGACGAAUUUAAAAAUAUGCUUGAUAAGCAAGUAAGCGUUAAACCAAUAAUUAACACCAAAUCGAAAGAUUUUUCCGGUAUUACAGCUCCGGAAUCUGUCGAUUGGAGAACAACGGGAGCUGUUCUUGCUGUUAAAGAUCAAGGUACUUGCGGUGCGUGCUGGUCUUUCAGUUCUACUGGUGCACUUGAAGGACAAAACUUUUUGAAAAAUAAUAUUUCUAUUCCGCUCAGUGAACAAGAACUAAUAGAUUGUUCGAAUUUAUACAACAAUAAUGGUUGUUAUGGGGGAUCUAUCAAUUACGCUUUUGAUUACGUAUUAGAUCAUGGGGUUUCUUCAGAAGAAUCUUACCCUUACAUCGCAGAGGCUGAUCGUUGUCAUCGCAAUUCCAGCAAUAUUGUUUUGUACGCUAAAAAUGUAGUCGCUAUAGCUGAUGCUACCAUAGAUAAACUAAAGAGUGCUGUCGCUUCUGUUGGCCCUAUUUCGGUUCCUGUUAGCGCCGAUGUAGCUUUACAAUUGUACAAAGGUGGAAUUUUCGACGAAACCGAUUGCUCAAAUGCCGCCCCAAAUCACGCAGUUUUGCUAGUGGGCUAUGGUAACGAGAAUGGAAAAGAUUAUUGGAUAAUUAAGAAUUCAUGGGGAACGAAAUGGGGUGAAAAUGGUUUCUACAGACUACAAACAAACCCCGUUAUUUGUGCUAUCCUAAACGGACCUGUUUACCCAGAAGUUUAAUAACUAUCCAUCAUGUUAUAUUGAAAUAUUUUGGUUUGUUUUCAUUUAAUUAAUGUAUUUUGAAUCGUGAGUCGUAUUUUUCGCAUUUUUAAGUUGAGAUUAAUAAAAAAAUUGACGUAAUAACGAA